GUCCACACAUGUUGAUGGUGGGUCUACAUAACCAUGGCCACCCUCGGGUCGUUGUGAUGACUCGAGUCUUCUUAUUUUCUUUUGCUCGACCAUCUCCAUCCCACUCGACUCCUUUCACUCUCUUGGCUUGUUGCCUCCCUUAAAGAGUCUCUGAUCCUCCUCUGGGUAGUCCGACCGCGUUCAGCAUCGACGCUGUACUGCUCGCCUCCAGUCCACUUCGUCCUCUGCACCACCCUCACCCUUUACGAUCCUUCUUGCAGCCACUCGCACCGCGAGUCACUAAGUCAACAUGUCCGACUCUACGGAUUCCCUUCCUUAUGUGCCACUGCUGCCAUAUGAAGGUACGUGUCAAACUCCUGUUCCGCUACCACGGACCAAGACCAAGACGCCAAGCUGAUCGUAGUCAGGUACCGAGGCGACUGGUGGAGACUCUCGUGUUGUGGAUCUCAACCUCUACUACAAUGCUGGUGACAUUGCCUGGAUGAUCACUGCAACAGCCCUGGUGCUGUUGAUGAUUCCCGGUGUUGGUUUCUUCUACUCAGGCCUCGCAAGACGCAAGUCCGCCCUGUCACUCAUUUGGCUCUCCAUUGCCGCUACCGGCCUCAUUUCCUUCCAAUGGUUUUUCUGGGGCUACUCCCUGGCAUUCUCUAAGACGGCCGGCAAAUUCAUCGGCAACCUGAGCAACAUUGGCUUCCGCAAUGUUCUCGGUGCUCCCUCGGUCGGAUCUUCCAAGAUCCCAGAUCUCAUGUUUGCCGUUUACCAGGGCAUGUUCGCCGCCAUCACCGUUGCCCUCGCCAUCGGUGCUGCCGCUGAGCGUGGCCGCGUUUUGCCCGCCAUGGUCUUCUCCUUCGUCUGGUCCACGAUUGUCUACGAUCCUAUUGCAUGCUGGACAUGGAACAGCUCUGGCUGGGCUUUCAACAUGGGUGGUCUCGAUUUUGCCGGUGGCACCCCAGUCCAUAUCGCCUCCGGCACGGCAGCUUUGGCAUAUUCUCUGAUGCUUGGAAAACGUCGUGGCCACGGUACACACGAGUUGAACUACCGUCCUCACAAUGUCACCCAUAUCGUCCUUGGAACGGUCUUUCUGUGGGUUGGAUGGUUUGGCUUCAAUGCUGGCAGCGCCCUUUCGGCCAAUCUCCGAGCGGUCAUGGCUGCUGUUGUGACCAACAUUGCUGCUAGCGUCGGUGGCAUGACCUGGUGUAUUCUCGACUACAGGCUCGAGCGCAAAUGGUCCACUGUUGGUUUCUGCAGUGGUGUCAUUUCCGGUUUGGUUGCCAUCACUCCUGGUUCCGGCUUCGUCCCAGCGUGGGCGGCUGUCAUCUUUGGAGUGGUCGGAGGCAUCGCCUGCAAUUAUGCCACCAAGCUCAAGUUUUUGCUUCACAUUGACGAUGCGCUCGACAUUUAUGCCAUCCACGGAGUUGGCGGAUUAGUGGGCGAUCUCCUGACCGGCUUGUUCGCCGCUGAUUACAUAGCUGCCCUUGAUGGCGCUACUGAGAUUGAUGGCGGUUGGAUCAACAGGCACUGGAUCCAGCUCGCAUAUCAGCUCGCAGAUGGCACCAGCGGUAUGGCUUAUUCUUUCGUCCUCAGCUGCAUCAUUCUUUUCGUCAUCAACUGGAUUCCUGGCCUACAUCUUCGAGCAUCCGAGCAAGAGGAAAUCUUGGGUAUGGAUGACAUUGAACACGGCGAGUAUGCUUAUGAUUACGUCGAGUUGACGCGUGAUGUCACCAAUGGAUUGGAACUCGAGGCUGCUAGCGGCACACCUGCUCGCGAAAGCCCCAGCUCUGACGAAGAUCCCAAAGAGAAGAUUGAACCCGCGGCGUCUUCGGCUUAAUUUUGGUAUACCCGCAUGAUCCGACAGGGACACCCGAUCAGCUUCGAUUAAAAAGUCAUGGUUGGAUUAUUUUCGAAGCAUGGUAGCUGGUUCUCCUGUUUCCUGAACUGACCGAUACCCCCUUUUCACCCAUAUACUUGAAUAAUACUCAAAUACAACCCCAGUCCACCUAGUUAAUGGCCUCACAAUCAAAGCAUGAUCCUGAUCCUGAAUUGGUUGCUAUGAAUUAUUGGGUUAUGAAUUAUCAUGGAUGUGAGGGUUACUUUAAUCACAAAAAUGCCAUUUUCGACAGGCAACCAACGUACGCAGUCCAUACUGUAAAUUUGAUCAUAAUAUUAUGAUGCCUGGCAAGACCAAUUGUACAUACUAUGUACCUAUGUACCUUUUUCGGUAACAGAUUCGUCACGUGGCAAUUCUGAUUCACGUGAUGAAGCAUUCAAGGCCAACCAGGUUCAUGUAUUCUAAUUUAUCUUCCCGUUCUCUCA